AUGUGCCGCGUGGAAGGCAAUGUCGUUGCAUAUGGUGCCGCUAUUGGUGCAUGUGAGAAGAAUUCCCAGUGGCAGUGGGCCAUCUACUUGUUGUCAACUUUGCAGAAGCAGAUGCAGAGCAACCCGAUUACCUACUGCUCAGCUCUGAACGCCUGCGCCCGGGGUAACGAAUGGCUCCUGGCCCUGCAGGUUUUUCGCGAAGCUGAGACGAAAGGUGAAGUGAAUGUGGUGACCUUCAACGCAGCCAUCAGCGCCUGCGAACAGGGCAGUGACUGGAAAACUGCUCUGGUUUUGAUGAAUGGCCUUGAAUCAGAACUUCAAGCAGAUGUGAUCAGCUACAACGCGGCCAUCAGCUGCUGUGAAAAGAGCCGCCAGUGGCAGCGGGCCUUGCACUUGCUGGGGCAGUUACAGGAGAGGCGCUUGCGCUGCACCAUCAUCAGCUACAACGCUGCCAUCAGCGCCUGUGACUGGCACCUGGCGUUGAGUUUGCUCCGUGAAGUCGAAGGAAUUUGUCAAUGCACUGUGAUCACCUUCAAUGCUGCCAUCAGCAGCUGCGAACGUGGAGAUCAGUGGGAAAUGGCUCUGUUAUUGUUGGAAGAAAUGGAAGAGAAACGAUUCGAAGCGUCUCAGAUCUCCUACAACGCGGCCAUCAGCGCCUGCGAACGCGCUUCGCAGUGGGAAGUGGCGCUGGAACUGCUACGGGAGGCGCAAGGAAGGCAGUUGGGAGAUGUGAUCAGUUAUAAUGCAGGCAUCAGUGCCUGUGAAAAGGGCAAGCAAUGGCGAAGAGCCCUACAACUACUGGAAGAUAUGGAGAAAAAGGACCUCUCCAAGAAGGCCAAUGUGAUCACAUAUAGUGCUGCAAUCAGUGCAUGUGAGAAGGGCAGUCAAUGGCAGCGUGCGCUGAUGUUGUUGGGGGAGAUGGACCAAAAACAGGUGGCCGCGAAUCUCAUCAGCUACAGCGCUGCCAUCAGCGCCUGCCGCGAGGAAUGGCCGCAGGCGUUGCAGUUGCUGGCGCGGCUUCCAGAGCUGGAACUGCGGAUCAAUGUGAUCACGUGUAAUGCAUGCAUCAGCGCCUGUGAACGUGGCAGCCAGUGGCAGCUAGCGCUUGAGCUCUUGAGCCAGGUACAGCGACAGGGUCUGCGGAGCACGGCGGUGACGUACCACGCCGUGGCGUCUGCGAGUCUUUCGGUGGGAGGAUGGCAAUUGGCCUUGAAUUUGGUGGAUCUACCAAUGGAGACGCAGGAAGCAGUGGCAGCAGUGGCAUUAGCUGAGAGAUCAUAUGCCUUGGGUGCCCAGUGGCAAGCUGCAUUCUGGCUAUGGGAGGAGGUCAAAAAGAAACGAGUGGAAUCGGAUGCGAUCAUGUUGACGUCAGCCAUCAGUGCUUAUGAGAGAGGUGGCGCAUGGCAACACGCGAUGUCUUUGCUGAAGGAAUCGAUGGAGAACCGUCUGGUGGACGGGAUCCUGUUCGCUACAGCCAUCGGUGCUGCUGGCGCCUGCGACCAAUGGCAGAGAGCUGUGGCACUGUUACAGGAGAUGCAGCAGUGGCAGUUGCAGAUGAUGCUAGGAGUGUCGCCACUUUGGCCUCAAGCAUCAGUGCAUGUGAGCGAGCUCUGUGUAUAUCACCUGGCUUCAAAGGAAGCUGAUGCAGAAGCUGGGAUCCAAGCAGUCCAGUCGAAUCCAAUUCUGGCUGCGAGACAGCAAUUAGAAUGGAAGGAACUGACCCUGUCUGAAGAUGGGAGCAUCACUGGAUUGACCGGAGGCCUCUUGCGGCUGGGUCCCUUCAAGGAGUUGCCGAGCCACUUCCAUCCGGAGCCCUACGGAGAGAUCUACCACUUUCUUCGAGGCAACGGCCAGGUGAAGCUGGGUGAGUACACCGAAAAAUUGCUGAAGCAUGAGAUCUCACCUGGGCUGCAUGUGAACAUCCCAGCGCGUCAGGUGCAUGGCAUCGAAUCCGGCAGUGAGGGCUGCGAGUUUCUGUGGAUCUUCCCAGCAGGUCGUUGGAAGGAGAUUCCCUACCUGUACAUCGACCCGAAGCUGACGCAUCGCAACGUGCCGGCGGACUUCGACGUCCCGUUGCCGUUGGACGUGUUGGAUUGGGGCACUGUCCAUGGCAACGUGACGCGGGUGCAGAGGACGUUUUUUUGGGAGUUGAAGCCCAGUGGCCAGGAUAUGCCUAGAGCACCGAGGAGUUGUAGGCGCUUGAAUCACUGGAGCUGGGCAAGUCGUGUUGCUGAUCCAAAGCAAAACUUCUGCGAGACAUGGGCCGCGUGGGCCGAUACCCUGGCAGUCCAACUUGGCCGAGAACCGCAAGGUUGGCAGGGGGCUUUGGAUCUACUGCUGCAAGCGCGCGAACGUGGCAUCCAAGUCGCAGUGCAUCAAACGGUGGAGAACUUGGCCGAGGAGGCGCGGCGAGGCGCUGAGGCCUUGAGACCCUUCUGGGAUGUGGCGCCCAGCCGGAGGAGCCUUUUGUCCCGCUGGAGCCACGCUUUAGAUCUCUUCUUUCAAGAGAUGCAGUUGGGCCAACCGCAGAACCUCGAGGAUUAUCGCGCGGCCAUCAAAGCAUGCCCGCGUUUCUACUGGAAGUUGUCGUUGCAUCUUCUGGAAAGAAUGUCCUACGAGACCCUGGGACCAGAUCGGCUCUGCUACCGCGAAGCCAUGCGCACCUGCAACCGCGGCUUGUACAGCUACGAGGCGGCCGUGAGUCUCUUCCAAGACAUGAGCGUCCAGCGAUUGGAGCCUGGUGUGGAGGAGUUCAACGACUUGAUGCUGGCACUGAUCACAGGCAAUCGAUGGAAGGAGGCCUUCAACAUCUUUGCGGACAUGCGAUCCGCUGCAUCGCGGUCUCCAAAGCCCAAUCUGCAGAGCUUUUGCAUGGUGCUCUAUGCUUGUGCAGAUACCACCGAGGGGAAUGCCUGGGCAUUGGCGAUUGGCUACUGGACCGACAUGCGCAAGGACAAAAUCACUCCCGACUUCGAUGCUUAUGACAUGCUGCUCUUAGUGGCCGAGCGCGGCGAGCGCUGGGACUGGUCGCGGCAGUUGCUGGACACACUUUUCAAGUUGAAUGCUCCAUCCACAGUGACAAUGUUCAAUGCAGCGCUCAAUGCAGCGCGCAGAGGAAAGCGUUGGGAACUGGCUCAAUCCUUGUUGAGGGAGAUGUCCGAGGAACUUCUGCUGCCGACCAUCGUCAGCUAUUCCUUUGCGGUGGAGAGCUGUGAGCAGGCUGACCGCUUUGACGUGGCCACGCAGCUCUUGCAAUUGGUUGAUGAGCUGGAUCUAAAGUGA